UGAUCUGUCCUUCAGUCACUUCUCUGCUUCACGUCUGCAUCAUGUGUGUGUCAUGUGUGUGCAGCUUCUUUCACCUCCUCUCAGGUGCGUUGCUGAUGUCAUCGUGGUGCGUUCAGGGUCUGCGGGUCGAUGUGUUUCCCAGACAACCUCUGUUCAGACUGGCGGAGCGUUGGCAGCUGGUUUGCUCCGUUCAGGAUUGUCCAACCAUGCCGAGCAUCUCCUGGUCACUGCCCGGGGAUCGACCUCUGACCGCCUCGGUCACCACCAACACCAGCUGCUCGGUGUUGACCUUUGACCCUGUGAUGAUGGAGCAUGAGGGUGCUCUGCUGUGCAAAGUGGACUGUGGAGGAGACAGGAAGCAGAUCCUAACCAAUGUGCACGUUUACUCCCCCCCAUCAGCUCCUCUGAUCCGAGGCCAGGACCACUUGAGACUGGGGGUGGAGUCCACCCUGACCUGUCAGGUGUCUGACCUUUACCCCUCAGAGCUGCUCAACCUCACCUGGUUUAACAGGGACAGAGUUGUGCAGAGUGUGGUCGGAGAGCCCGGGUCCAGCUCGGUCUCCUCCGAGUACAGGUUCACUCCUCAGGACCAGGACUCAGGGGCCAACAUCAGCUGCAGGGCCACGCUGAACCUUCUGAAGCUGCCACCUAAGAUCCGGAUCAGAGAGACCACGAUCUGCCUCAACCUGCUCCAUGCUCCUGUCGUGACGUCGAUCUCGGACUCGUUGUUGGUCAUGGUCAACUCUCCGCUCACUGUCAGUUGUUCAGCGGUGGGAAACCCCGAGCCGGAAAUCACCUGGAGCUUCAGGACGACAGACGGUCGGUCCCUUUUGCGGGGGCGUGGCCAUCAGCUGGUCGUUAAGGCGGUGAGUCUGUUCGAUGCUGGACGCUACGAGUGUGACGCCCGAAACAGUGAGGGAAGCCAGAGCGCCGCGGUGGACGUCACUGUUCAUGCUCCACCCACCAACACCUCCAUAUCCGUGAGUCCCGGUGAGGACGUGGUGGAGGGUCAACAGGUCAACAUUACCUGCCGAUCGGACGGAUCUCCGCCCACCACGCUGGUUUUGACGAGGAAUUGGGCGGAGCUUCAGAGGACUGACCCCGCCUCAUCUUCAUCGCUCUACUUCAGCCUCUCUACAGCCUUAAUGCGAGACUCCGCCCACUACAAGUGUGAAGCGUCCAAUCAGUACGGAGCACAGCAGGUGUCCAGCUCCGUCAGGGUCAAAGCUCACCCUCUGCAGGUGGAGGUGAGUCAUCAGGUGGAGGCUGCAGAGCGAGGUUCACAUCUGCUCGUCACCUGCAGAGCGUCCGGGUGUCUCCACCCCCCAACCCUCACCUGGAAGAGGGCAGAGCAGGACCGUAGCGUCCUCCAGAGGACUCAGCAGCAGGACGGUCUGUCCCCGCUUCACCUGCAGGACCUUGACCUCCAGGAUCAGGGAGGCUACAGCUGUGAGGCCGAGUGUGACACCGUCAUCAGGACCAGAACCAUCCAGGUCCACCUCUACUCGUUUCCAUCUGAUCCGGUUCUGAUCAAUCCUGGUCCCGUCCUGUUGGGUCAGCAGGUCGUCCUUCGCUGUGAUGUCAUUAAUGUGUUUUCAACCAAUCGGCUGAGGAUCCACUGGCUGUUGGGGAAAACUGCUCUGAUGUCAGAGUCCUUUAGGUUCCACGGUUCUUUACAGAACGUCUCCUCUGUUCUUCAUCACCUGGUGGAGGCGGAGCAGCAGCUGGUGACCUGCAGAGCCGAGCUGCUGACUGAAGACAGUGACCUGUGGCGGUCCAGGAGGACGAGUGUCCGUCUGCAAGUCCACUACGCUCCGAGGAGAACCUCCAUCUCUGUGAGUCCCGGGGAGGACGUGGUGGAGGGUCAACAGGUCAACAUCACCUGCAGCUCCGACGGAGCUCCGCCCAGCACGCUGGUGCUGAGGAGAGAUGGGGCGGAGCUUCAGAGAAUUGAUGCUGCCCCCUCGUCCUCGCUCAGCCUGUCUUCUGCCUUGCUGGAAGACUCCGCCUACUACCAGUGUGAAGCGUCCAAUCAGUACGGAGCACAGCUGGUGUCCAGCUCUGUCAGGGUCAAAGUUUCUCCCAGAAACACAACCGUCCUCGUCCUGCCGUCCACCGUCGUUCACGAGGGACAAGACGUCACCGUCUCCUGUCGAACUAUCAGCUUCCCUCCAUCGGCCAUGACUCUGAGGAAACUGACCAAUGGGGUGGAGCUAUUUUCCCUCAACGGCACCUUCCUAUUGGUCAACGUCACGGCCAGAGACUCUGGAUUGUACCAGGUCAACGUGACCAACAACCUUGGAUACCAGGUCAAAGUUUUCAGCAUCAGUGUCAGAGAGAGAAGCCGUGAUCUUCAUCCUCGUCUCAGUGUCGUCAUCGUCACGGUUGUGAUAUUCGCCGCAGCAGCUAUUUCUCUGCUGCUCGACUUCCUGAGGAGAUCCAGGAACAGAGGUUUCUAUUCGCUGAGCCGCUCGGCUCCGCCCUCCGCCUGAGGCUGCAGGCCCCCUGCUGGCUUCAACGUGUCUCUGCAGCACGAAGCCUCUGAUACGUCAAACUGUCUCCUGACGUUAUCACAUGUUCAAAUGUUCCAGUCAGACACAUGUGGCCGUCAUUUCCCAGCAUGCUCAGCAGCUGACACUCUUUUUUACAAUCUAUGAACUUACUCACAGAUACUUCACUUUGUCAACAGUCUACAGCAUGUGUUCACAUGUUCAUGUGUUCAGUGUUCACGUGUUGAGGUGUUGACGUGUAUAGUGUUCAGGUGUUGACGUGUUCACAUGUUCAGUGUUCAUGUGUUCGCGUGUUGACAUGUUGACAUGUUCAUGUGUUCAGUGUUCACGUUUGUGUUCACGUGUGUUCAUGUUUGUAUGAAGUGAAAUGAAAUAAAAAAUAGAUAGAUUUUGAAAAGGUAGUUCACAACUCACAUGUUAAUAUGAACAUAUAACAUGAAUUGUACACGUGUGUUAUAUAUACCAGACUGUGAGAGUCUAAUCCUCUUCAUUUCCAUGACAAUGGACUGAAGAGCCAAUGAGCCUCGUGUUAGAGAGGACCCACCCACCCACACACACACACACACACACACACACACACACACACACACACACACACACACACACACACACACACACACACACACACACACACACACACACACACACACACACACACACACACACACACACACACACGCACACACGCACACACUGAAUUAAUUUGUUCAGCUUGUUUAACUGCUGACACAGUGCCAGGAAAUAGACUGAUCCCGUUGCUCCAGUUUCACAUCAACCUGCUGCAAAAUGUUUCUGUUCAGUUGUGUCUGUUUUUGUUGUACUGCCUGUUUUGUGUUGUGUUUUGUUAUUGUCCCAACAGGUCAACACCUAAUCGAAUAAAAGUUUAUUUGUUUUGCA